AUGGCUGACUGUUUUCUAGCUGGAGUUAUAAGAGCCAUAAGAACUCGACGAUCGGAUAAUGGCAAUUCAAGACCAGCUCAAAGCAUUAUAACUCCAUUCUACACUUCUAACAUCACUUCUCAUUCAAAUCUACAAUGUAAUUUGGAACAAGGAUUGAAUGAAGUUAAAGACAUUAAAGAUCAAUUACAAAAGCUUCGAGAUAUCGUUGAACAGGAAUCUGUACGAGCUGAAGAUGAAACGAAAGAAUCUUUAAUUCGAGAGAAUGAUGCUUUACGUCGACAACUCAUUGAACAAGACAACAUAAUUAAAGCAUUGAAACAACAAAUUGCUUUACUCAAAUCAACCUGA